AUGGCCUCUUUCGAAUACGACCCGAAGAAAGUAGUUGUAGUCUUUGUCCUUGGUGGGCCUGGUGCUGGCAAAGGCACGCAUUGCGCCCACCUUGUAGAAGACUAUGGCUUUGUCCAUCUGAGUGCAGGAGAUCUCCUCCGAGCUGAACAAGCUCGCCCCGGAUCCCAAUAUGGUCAGAUGAUUGCUGAUUAUAUCAAGGAUGGAAAAAUCGUUCCUAUGGAAGUGACGAUUUCUCUUUUGAGGAAUGCCAUUCAGCAGGCUUUGCGUGAGAAUGAGGCAUCUCAGCGUGAGGGAUGGGGUGAUGGAAAAGGUCGCUUCCUGAUUGAUGGCUUUCCUCGCAAACUUGAUCAGUCCCACAAGUUUGAAGAAAGCGUGUGUCCUGCCCAAAUGGUUCUAUUCCUUCAAUGCUCUGAAGAAAUUAUGCUAGAGCGUCUGCUGCGUAGGGGUGAGACGAGCGGGAGGUCCGAUGACAACAUUGAGUCGAUUAAGAAGAGAUUCCGCACAUUCGUGGAGACAAGUAUGCCUGUGGUCGAUUAUCAACGUUCUCAAAACAAAGUGAUCGAUGUGGAUGCCAAGAAUCCUGUCGACCAAGUAUACAAGGAUAUUUCCAAAGCAAUGGAUGCCAAAUUUAAGCAAAUUCGUAACUCGAUGUAG